AUGCCAGUUCUACUUAAAAGUUUACUUAAAUCAAGUAUAGUUAAUUCAAAACACAAACCAAAUUCUAAUGUGUAUAAUGAAACAAUGAAAAAAUUUUCUAUUUAUCUAUUUUUUGUUGGUGGACGUCAUCUAUAUCAAACACUUUGUUAUAAUUUUCCAAAUUCUCUUCCAUCAAUUCCCAGUCUUUUCAGAUAUUUUGGAAAAACUCAACAAUUGUCUGAAGGAUACUUCAGGUUUAUGGAACUCAGAAAAUUCUUGGACGAUCAUAACUAUCCUUCAUAUGUCUGGUUGAGUGAGGAUGCCACAAGAAUAACUUUAAGCAUAGAGUAUGAUAGCAUGACAGAUAAGCUCGUGGGAUUUGUUUUACCAUUAAAAGAUGACUGUCCUAUAUCAAAUACAUAUGUAGUGACAUCAGUUAGAAGUAUAUUGGAUGCGUUUGAAAAUGGAACUAAAUCCAAGUAUGCAUAUUGUAUUAUGGCACAACCAUCCUUACCUGGUGCUCUUUCAUUUUGUAUUUCAAUUUUUGGCACAAAUAAUCAUUUUUCUUUUACUGAUGUAAAUAAUCGUUGGGAAAAAAUGAUACAAAUGGCUUCAAAUCAAAAUAUUCAUGUUUUAGGAUUUUCGAGUGACGGGGACCCUAGACUUUUAAAAGCCAUGCUGUAUCGUUGUAUGGUUCAGGAACCUGUAUCUGAUUGUUUAUGGUUUAAAUUAGGCUCUCCACUUGGUUAUAACUCAACAUCACAUAAACAUCAAAUCUACAUUCAAGACACUACACACAUAGGGACCAAGUUAAGAGCAAGACUUCUGAAACCUAGUGUAGUUCUUCUCAUGGGUAGAUAUGCUGCUUCAUUAACUCAUUUGCAAUGUCUAAUAGAUAGUUACUCUAAAGACAAACAUUUUCUCACAAAAUCAGAUCUUAAUUCAAUUGAUAAAAUGAAUUUUCGAGCAGCUGAAAAAAUGUAUUCUGAUAAAGUUAUUGAGUUAAUGAAAUCUAUUCCAGAUACAAAUGGUACAGUUGCUUAUCUAACAAUUAUGCAAUUUGUUAUUUCUGCAUUUAAUGACCAUAAUAUUAGCAUUAAAGACCGUAUAUAUAAAUUGUAUUUUGCUGUAUUCUUUUUAAGAAAAUGGAAACUUUGGAUUACUAGCAAUAAAUCCUACUCUGGUACAGCUAACUUUAUAUCUAUUAAUUCAUACCAUUGUAUUGAAAUAAAUGCUCAUGCAAUAAUUAAACUUGUAAAUACAUUUAAGACAUCUGUAUUAAAUAUUGAAAAAGAACCAAACAAUACAUCAGGUCUAAAUCCUAGUAUGUUUGUACCAUGGCUCUACAUCUCUACCAUGUGA